AUGUCCAGAUCGGGUGAUAGAACAUCCACCUUUGACCCAACACACAGUGACACCCUGCUGCACGGGCUCAACCUCUUAUGGAGAAAACAGCUUUUCUGUGAUGUGACUCUCACUGCCCAGGGACAGCAGUUCCACUGCCACAAAGCUGUGCUGGCAUCCUGCUCCCAGUAUUUCAGAUCCCUCUUCUCCUCCCACAAUGUAAUCAACAAUGAGGGAAGCAAAGGGGACCAGGGCAGUAGUGGGACCCCCUCAUCCUCUCCUGAUGACAAGCUGGUGACCCCCAGCGCCAGGCCCAUCAAUAACCUGGUACUCCAGGGCUGCUCCUCCAUUGGACUACGAUUAGUGCUGGAGUACCUGUAUACUGCCAACGUUACUCUUUCCCUGGACACGGUGGAAGAGGUGCUGUCAGUCAGCAAGAUCCUCAACAUCCCCCAGAUCACCAAGCUCAGCGUGCAGUUCCUCAAUGACCAGAUCUCCGUGCAGAACUACAAGCAGAUCUGCAAGAUUGCUGCACUCCACGGACUGGAUGAGACCAAGAAGCUGGCCAACAAGUACCUGGUGGAGGAUGUGCUGCUGCUGAACUUUGAGGAGAUGUGUGCCAUGCUAGAUGCUCUGCCACCCCCGGUGGAGUCAGAGCUGGCUCUCUUCCAGAUGUCAGUCCUCUGGCUGGAGCAUGACCGGGAGACUCGCAUGCACUAUGCACCGGACCUUAUGAAGAGGCUGCGCUUUGCCCUCAUACCUGCCCCAGAGCUGGUGGAGAGGGUGCAGUCUGUUGACUUCAUGAGGAGUGACCCUGUGUGCCAGAAACUACUCCUGGAUGCCAUGAACUACCACCUCAUGCCCUUCAGGCAGCACUGCAGGCAGACCACGGCCAGCAGAAUCCGUUCCAAUAAGAGGAUGCUGUUACUGGUGGGUGGUUUGCCUCCUGGACCUGAUCGUCUCCCCAGCAAUUUGGUCCAGUACUACGAUGACGAGAAAAAGACAUGGAAGAUCCUCACAA